AUGACGCUCUUGGGGCCAGCGAGGGAGUGGUUUAAUAACCUUGAGGCAGGAAGUAUUAGCAGUUUUGGAGACCUGGCCACUCGCUUCAUCAGUCGGUUUAUUGCCGGGGUGCCUGCGGAUAGAAAGACGAGCUACCUGGAAACAAUCAAGCAGAGAAGAGACGAAUCGCUCAAGGAGUACGUCGCUCGUUUCAAUACGGAGGCUCUGCAAAUUCUCGAGCUUGAUGAGGGAAGGGCGGUGGAGGCCAUGCAAAAGGUAACGACCUCUGCUGAGUUCUUCGCCUCACGAAGCAGGAAGCCUCCGACCUCACUAGCCGAGCUGAUAAAUCGAGAGGCUGAUAAAAAGAGGGCACCUGAAGAACUUCGUGAAGAAACCGGAAGGACAAAGACCUCAGCCCAAUUCGGCAACCCAAGCGCCGAGGAGAGCAGGAGCAGUGAAUGA